CGAUGGGCCUGGUGAGGCGGGGCUGAGGCCGAGGGGCCCGCAAGGGGUUCGGGCCGGCUUCGCCCUCGCCCGGGGUCCCGCGGGGGCUCUCGUGCUGGCUGUCUCCGUUCCCCGCCUCCUGACGCUGAUCCUUGGGCUUCUCCUCCGGUCUCGAUUGUCCCGGGGAUUAAACCCUGCUGAAGUUACGAAAGACUUUGGAUUGCAGUUCUCUAGCGCGGAACAACUGAGAGAAACUGUCUCUCACUUAAACUCUACGCUUGACUGAGAACUGUUAGGAUGGGAAACAGUGCACUGAAAGCCCACCUGGAGACAGCACAGAAAACUGGUGUGUUUCAGCUAACAGGAAAAGGACUUACAGAGUUUCCUGAAGAUCUGCAGAAGCUAACAAGCAACUUAAGGACAAUAGACUUGUCGAACAACAAAAUAGAGCUCUUGCCACCUCUCAUUGGAAAAUUUUCCUUUUUGAAGAGCCUUGUUCUAAACAACAACAAACUGACUGCUUUACCGGAGGAGCUGUGUAAACUGAAAAAACUGGAAACACUACACUUAAAUGGCAAUCACUUGAGGCAGCUACCGACUGCAUUUGGACAACUUUCGGCUCUCAAAACCCUGAGCCUUUCUGGAAACCAGCUUCGGACUGUUCCUACCCAACUCUGUGGUCUUCGCCACCUGGAUGUGGUAGAUCUUUCUAAAAACCAGAUCCAAAACGUGCCUGACACUGUGGGAGAAUUGCAGGCUAUCGAACUCAAUUUGAAUCAGAAUCAGAUUUCCCAGAUCUCAGUGCAGAUCUCCCACUGUCCACGCCUCAAAGUCUUGCGUUUAGAAGAAAACUGCCUAGAACUCAGCAUGCUUCCUCAGAGUAUCCUCAGUGAUUCCCAGAUCUCACUGCUUGCAGUAGAAGGCAACCUCUUUGAAAUUAAGAAACUCAGAGAACUGGAGGGUUAUGACAAGUAUAUGGAACGAUUUACAGCUACAAAGAAGAAGUUUGCCUGAUCGUUAUUCUCACCCUGUGUUCCCAGUAAGAAGAGUUAGUUACUGACUAAAGCACACGCUUCACUAACUUAAACCAAGGAUGAUGAAGGAGAUGAUCACAGUACUCCUCCUCUAGUAGUCUGAUACGGUCUGUUAAGGCCACAUUGAAUAAACUUGAAGUAGAGAACAUGGGUAUUGAACUGAUAAACAUGCCCAGGGACCAGUUUUGAUUUUUGUGCCACUAUAGCUUUUGACGCAGUAUGUGUUCUCCUUUGAUAGGGCUUGUACUUCCACAGAGAAAGGGAAGGCGUAGUUGCUCGUUCCUUUUCUCAGGAAGCUGGCUGUUGAUAAGGAAUGUUUCUUUAGGAAACAUUUUUUUCCAUGAUGGCACAUGGAAGUUCUACCACCAAAGCAGAUCUGGAAUGUGUUGCAGUAAGCACUAUUCUACAGAGAACUUGUACAGAUGAGAUUUUAGUUUAACCUGUAUAAAGCUUUUAUGAAGCACAAAGAGUUGUGACUAAGUUAAGUGUUUUAUUAACUGCUUCCAGUAAAUAAUUUAUGGUUUGAACAUCUUUUAUUCCUAUUUUAAUGUACAGGCUUUCUCUUCCCAUAAGCAGGAAUUGCACUACAGUCCACUUCUGCUUGAGCUAUAUAAAAAAUUAGGUUCAUCUUCAUUUUAUUCAGUAAAAAUGUAUAUUGCUGGAAAAUAUAGUAUCCUUGCACUGACUCCUUGUGUACAGAACAAUGCUGGAAGUUUUAGCCAUCAGUCUACUGCUGCCUUAUUACCAAAAGAACCCAGAAAGAGCUAAAAAUGUAUGCAAUUAUGUAACUUAUACUGAAAAGGAAAAUGUACUUGUUUAUUUUAGUAAAUAAUUUUCAAAAAAUCAGUUUAUUUGGUGUAACUAUGACUGUUGUCACUUAAAUAAGUAGUACUGAGCUAUGACUGAAAGCCAUCUGUUACUUAGGUACUUGGUUCCAUCAACUGCUUUGAAAAUGCAGAGGAUUUGAGUGUAUCAGCACUUGCAUUAACAAUUCGGUUAGUAUGUACUGCACACUCAAAACAGUGAAGUAGGAGCUGUACUGAGUACAGUUCUUGGCAAGAUAAGCAUGGAUGCACCUAUUCCUAAUGCGAAUGUCUUACAUUAACUACUGUUCUAUACUUAGGCUUUCCUGCAGGAGACAAGAAAGGCAUGUGGACAGCAAACUAAAGGAAUUGCUUGUGUCAUCAUUAAAUGUAUUCAACAUCUUAGGCCAUCUGCAGCUGUGAAAAAUGAAGUGACAUCUGCUAAUCUUUUUCCUCAAUGUAACAACUAUAAUUAAGAUUAGUGAUAAGCGGUUCAUUUAUAAGAUGCUUAGAAGAGGUAUCUAGUUCUCUGACCCUGUUGCUCUCUUAUUUAAAUUCUUACAUAGUAAUACCUGUUAUCUUACCAACACUUACAAAUAGCUAGAGGGCAGAUGUCAAAAGGAUGGGGUCAGACUCUUCUCAGUCCUGCCCAGCAGCAGGACAAGGGGCAAUAGGCACAAACUGGAACACAGGAAGUUCCACCAGAACAUGAGGAAAAACUUUACUGUGAGGGUGAUGGAGCACUGGAACAGCUGCCCAGAAAGGGUGCAGAGCCUCCUUCUCUGGAGAUACUUAACACCUGCCUGGAUGUGUUCCUGUGCAGCCUAUUCUAGGUGAACCUGCUUCAGCAGGGAGGUUGGACUAGAUCUCCAGCGGUCCCUUCCAACCCCUCCCAGUCUGUGAUUGUAAGUGUUUUAAGGAACACAGCUCCUUAUUCAGAGGACAGAUAUGAUCUAUCAUUAAACAGGGAACUGGUUUUACUUACAAACUGUUACUUCAUGGAAAAACUUCUGUAAGAAGCAGCUGACAGCAGAUGCUUACAAGGCCACUUCUUUUGCAAGACAUCACAACUGGGGAACUCAGUGUUUAAGUUUCCAUAAUGCAAGGCCCUGUACAGUCAGAAAUCUAUAAAGCUUCAUACUAACAGACUCCAGCAGGGAAUAGUUUAAAGCUGGAAGCCUGUUUUAAAUUUUAGCUCCUGCUUGAUAGCUAAAUCCCCUUUGAAAUAUUGGCUUUUUUCCCCCCUAGAGAUUUGUCAUGCACGAGACACCUACAGAGCUAGGCCCCCUCAGCCGAUUCCCUCUUUGCAUUCACCAACUCUGACAACUACAGCGUGGUCUAGUAUCAACAUGCAAGCACUCAGCAAUGUUUUGCUGGGGUGGUUUGUGUUGGCAUGGGCUUGGUUUUUUUUCUUAACUGGAAAUAUCUGUGCUCAGACACAGUGCUUUUCUCAUUGAAGAUUUAUCAGGAUACUUUUAUCUCUUUGAUAAAGAUACAUAAGAAGAGAUGUUAGAUCAUAACACUUUAAAACAAUGCAUUUAGUAUUGCUAUAAAAAAUAAUCUUACUGCUUUUGAAAGUAUUUGUGGAAGUAAGUCAACAUUUCCCUUAUGUGUUCACUAGUAUAUUCAGAAGCCUUUCAAUUACUCAUUGUUAGGCUCCUUUGUUACCUCAGAGUUAUGACAGCGAUCAAAAAUUUUGGUAAGUAAGAGGGAGAAAAAUACCAUGCAACUCACUAAGUGGUACCAAGUCAUUCCUGGAUUAACUAAAUUUGUUCCAGAAAAAGAGGAACCUUAUUUUUGUUUCAAGAAAAAAGGCUGAUACCCUCACAUGUUUUGGCUCACAACAAUAAAUAACAGUGACUAAGUCACUUACUGGAACACUGUUGUGUACAUUUCAACAUUGUAUAUAAUCUAGUAGUAGUUCUAUAUUGCAAGUUUCUCAGUUUUCCCUUCUCACCAUUCACCACUCUGCAACAAGGGACACAAAACCAAUUUCUUUCUAUGCACUUGCGUUUUGUUCAUUGUUUAAUUAUUGAGGUAGAAAGUGUUACUGUAGUUCACAAUAUAAACCCUUUUGUAUUUUAUUUCAAACCUGUAUCCCUUGCUCUCCAUUUUUCCACUGCAGUUGAUACACUUUUCAUCCAUCUGUUCAAUCAAUAUUUAGGUAGUGCAUUGCUGUUUCAAGAACAGCAAAGGUGAAUUAGGAACUGCAAGUCACUGCAUUGUGUAAACAGCAGAUUGUUUCACCACUUAGCUUUCACAGAGGAAACUUCUCCAAGCCCCCACACAAACAGCACAUGCUGCAGUUCAUACUAUAGUUACCCCUGAAUUAAGCCUAAGAGGCUUAAUUCCUUUUUCAUCAAGGCAGAGGCUGGCUUGAACUUACCACUUAGCAUUUGAGUGUAUCCAUGGACCAUGUGCUGCAUGCUCAGAAUAGUUACAAUGGCAGGGUGUCCUUUAUUUUUUUUUUUCCUAGCUGUUGGUUGAAAUAUACUAUGAAAAUUACUUCUUCAAAGCCACUCCUAGAUAUGCUAUUCUCUCUUGCAGCUCAAAACUGCUGCAAGUCAACACAAAUCUACAUUCUCCCACCCCCACCCUCCUCCCCUCUAAGAGCAUUCUGAGAAGCUGAGGCUUUGGUAUUAGAGAAAAUACAAUUUAAAUUGCCUUGCAAGUAAAAUUGCAUUGGCAGCAGGUUAAAUCACAAGAUUUCACCUACUGGAAUAGGUAUUUGCUAGGUGUCUGUUACUACUACAUGACUUGAAAGUUUAUUAGUUCCUUCAUCAUCCUGAAGUAUAGUCCCAUGUCAAAUUUCCAAAAGAGAGACACAUUCCAAAAAAGGACACAUUUCAUAGUUUAAAGUUAAGUGAUGUUGAUUAUGCAGGGAUGAAACUGGAGUGUUGAGAGAUCACAAUAUUCCUCUCUUCCCAAC